CAUGUGUUGCGCCCCUCAAACUGCUGACGGCUGCCUGGCGAAACCUCCGGGGGCCAGAUUGAUUUUCUAAACCUGGAUUUCGCACUCCAAUGAAGAGAGAGUGAGGAAAAUUUCCUACCCGAACUCGCCGAUUUCCAGCCGAUAAUGGAUCGGAACAUACGAUACGAAAUGGUUGCUAGUCAAGACUACGACGACGAACACCAAAGGGGUGCGUCUGCACCCACCACCUCGCACUUGGCCGUGGCUCUGCCGCCCGAAAUGGAGCAGGCGGCAGCAAUGAGCUUGCCAAUGGGCAUGGUUGACGAUAUACCACCCCCGAAAGCGGACUUCACAGCACCGCCGCCCUACGAACUGGCCACAAAGCUGCCGUCCUAUGAAGAGGCGCAGCAACAAAAAAUGCAAGAACAAUAUGGGGAUGGCGCGCCUCCACACCUCUCCACUCACAUCAAUAUCAAUAAUCCUCAGCAGUCACCACUAACAUUUUUGGCCAUCGACACUGAAGACUGCAGCACCGAAACUAGCCUCCUAGGCAGCGAUUUUACUUUUUUUACAGCGUUUUUAGUGGCAUUCCUCUUUAACUGGAUUGGAUUUCUGCUGCUGAUGUGCUUUUGCCACACGAUCGCCGCCCGAUACGGUGCCCUGUCAGGUUUUGGCCUCUCCCUGGCCAAGUGGACCCUGAUUGUAAAGCAUUCAACAGACCUUGCCUCCAGGGAGAACAUCUGGUUGUGGUGGCUCAUAAUGGCUUUUGGGUUAUUGAUCUGCGCCAGGGCCACAAUUCAGUACCUGCACAUCAAGCGAGAGUGGAGUCUGCUGUCACGCAGCGCUCAGGAACGCCUUGUCUUUUUCUAUUGAGCAAGCUUGAGGCACAGCAUAGCUACAUACUCUAAGCACACACUUUUCUCACCGCGCCCUUUCCUUUUCCCUCCAGUAUGGUUAGCGAACCGACUUCACCAGGUGUGUGUUUGUGUGGUUUUCCAUGCCCUCAACUAGUAUGCGAGCACUUGCAUCUUUCCAAGCUUGAUAUUUUGAAACUCUGGUCGUUUAAAGUCAAAGUAUAAAGAAGGCAACAGAAUUAGUCGCCGCGGGCUGGACUACUGGACAGCCCUUGGCCUGGGGAGGAGUCCCACUUUUUCCCUCAGAACAUUCCCUAAGAACGCAAAAGGCGGAAUGGUCUUUUCUUCGAUGUGUUAUCAAACUCAUGUUAGUCGUUUUUCUGUAGAUUAAUGGUCCGAAUAUUCAGAUUAAAAUAUAUAUUAUGUAAAUGGAUAGCGUAAGGCGCUCUGAAAAGUUGUAAAAAAGUCACUUAUACUAAUUAUUUAAGUAUUAGGGCAGCUCGAUUGUAUUAAAGAUGGAUUUUAUGUAAAUUAUUGAAGCCAUUGUAAAGUGAGCGGUACCUUGAAUAAACAUACAAAAAUUUAAAUCUUGA